CUAGAUCCGACAAACCAUCUAGUUAUGACUUCUGUAUUGGAUCCGCAAAAUGUUCGAGGAUCCGAGCAAGGCACAGAGAAGUUACAUAUUGGAUCUGUUAAAACAAAAAAGUUCUCGAUUAAUCAAGAAAGUUUUGAACCCGUCAAUCAAGGAAUGAAAUUUUGACAGCAACAACUUACAUUCCAAUCCAAAAUUUCUUUCUUCAAUUAGUGGGCCACAUUCAGACAUUUUCGCUGCCAUUAAGUAGAGUACCAAUAAAAACUGUAAAAACAUUUCUUAUAAAUUUCAUUGUAUAUCUUAGACAAAUUAGUAAAGCCAGACCAUGAUUGAAUUCCUCAUUUUCGAUGACAUUACCGACCCUUACGUCGUUGUUCGUGCCAGUUCGUGCACACACAACUAAAAAAAUGACAAUCUGCCACUCUUCGAUGAUCAUAUUUAUACGUUUAAUUCAAUAGAGGCCAUACCGCACAGGAAGUUGGAACUAAAUGUCUAAAUUUUCCAUUGUGUGGUGGACAGGAAGCAGACCUGUCAAUGACAUCUUUUGAAAACAACUCAUUGUCUUUUUUUUAACAACUACGGACAAAUGGUUUUUCUGAUUCGUCAUCAUCGUUAUUAUCUAUAGAUAUUGGCACAUUUUUCCACCGUUUUGUCUUUUAAUGUUUAAAUGGAAAACGAAUUGUUUCUGUAGUUCCCAAACAAUUCCACACUCGGAAAAUGAUUGUCCUACAUGUUUUUUUUUUUUUCCUUUUUGUAUAUUCCCGGUGCCUUUGCGUUUCUUACGUCAUCCGCUAUUAGCGCUGCUUUCGUCGUCAAUAGCAACGUCCACUUUAGUCUUUUAGUCUGCUGGUUGUCUUCUGCGCACUGCGCCUCAUUGAAACUGCAUGGUGCGUGGUAUGUAAUUCAACAUUACACGUGGAUUCACCAACUUCAUUGAACAUCAUUUUUCGAAAAACAACUAACAACUACAGUGAAGGAAACUUUUUGACAAUUGUGUGCUGGUGACAUUUUAUAUAUAACAAAUUGACUCCUAUUACACAUGCUAGUUUUGUCGUUGUAUGACUAGUGAACUUCUGACAGGUGUUUCAAAACUAGCAUCUACAAUUGGAAAAAUCCAUUGACAGUUGAGCAAUUUUUGUUGUCUACUUACACAUCCAACAUGGCAAUGUUAGCUGAACCAAAGCGAAAAAAGAAGUGGAGUUUGAAUCCUCGUGGAAAGCAGUGGUCCAAUGAUGACACCAAAAUUGGGCAGAAGCUGUUGGAGAAAAUGGGAUGGGCCAAAGGCAAAGGUCUUGGUCGUGAUGAACAAGGAGAUUUGGAGCCUAUCAGGCUCAAGUACAAAAAUGAUGCUGAGGGAGUUGGCUAUGAGGCCAAAGAUGACCAAUGGGUGGCUCACCGAGAAGAAUUCAACAACAUUCUUGGUGCUUUAAAUGGCAACCUUACUCCUGUGGAUGAAUCUGAACCCAUACCAAUAAAGAGCUUGGAAGUUCGCUCCAAAAGCUCAAAAACCCGUGUCCACUACCACAAGUUUACAAGAGGCAAAGAUUUGAGUCGCUACAGUGCAUCAGACAUGGCGUGCAUUCUUGGUAAACGGGCCGUCGUCGAGGUUAACCAGGAAGAAAAGGUGCCGGAGGAACCAAUCGAAAGCAGUAAUGGCAGCGUAGAGCAUUUGCACGGAGUCACAACCAUACAGAGGGGAAGUAUCCAGGAAUAUUUUGCAGCAAAAAUGGCAGCUGCCAAAGAGAAACAGCUUCAGUACUUGGCCAACGGUAACGAUGAGCAAAAUCUCUCUUUGAAUGAUUCGACUAAUGGUGAAAAGCGUGUGCGAAUCAACGAAGACCUCAACAUUGUUAAAGAAUUCUGUUCGAAGGAGAAAAUCUUGAAAAACGAAAUAAUUGUGCUGGAGGAAGCGGCAGAAGAGAGUCGAAUUAAAAAGAAGAAGAAAAAGUCCAAGAAGCUUGAGGAAGAAUCCAUUGACGUCCCGUCGGAGCCAUUGCCCAUAACUGAAGAAGUACUCGACAAUCUUGAAACAAAGAAAAAGAAGAAGAAGAAAAAUGAUAAGGAACAAUUUGAAGAGGUAAUCCCCGAGCCGGUGAUUGAAGCUGAACCCGUCAAAAUAAAAAAAUCAAAGAAAAGAAAAAUCGAAGAAGUUAUUAGCCAACCUGAAAUAAUGCAAAUUGGUGAAGAGGACCCAAAUACGCAACCCGAAUCUAAAAAGAAGAAGAAAAAGUUCAAGAAACAAGAAGAACCAGAAGCAGUUGAAGAGACUGUUGAAGUAAUCGAACCCAAAGUUAAGAAAUCAAAGAAGAAUAAAACGUUGGAAGUCGCGAUUGAAGUGGUACAAAACGAGGAGGAGCCACCCUCUAAAAAGAAGAAAAAGAAGAGUAAGAAAAAUGAAGAAGAAGCUCCCACUGAGAAAUAUACUAAGAUGGAAAACUCUUUGAUAGAAAACGAACCGACUGCUGGUGAAAUUAUUCAGAAUGGCGUCAGUGACGGUGAGCAACCCUCGAAGAAGAAAAAGAAGAAGAAUAAAAAAGGAGACGAAGAGGCUCCCGGGACAUUUCGAAAAAUAGAAGAAAUCGAAUUUGAAUCGAAACUUGUCGAGGAAAUUAAAAGUAAACCCUCCGAAGAAGUCGUAUCGAUUCAGAACGAGGCUCGAGUGUCUAAAAAGAAUAAGAAGAACAAGGCCAGCGUAGAAGAAACUCCUGAAACCAACGUCAAGGAGGACGAGCCCAGCCAAAAUGCACAAGUUAAUUCAACUAAAGACAAAAGCAAGAAGAGGAGAGCCAGUGACGCGACUGACAAAGUAGCGGCGGUCAAUGUUAAACAAGAUGACGUUGGUGCUGUGCAGUCAACCGAAGAACCGACUAAAGACAAAAAAAAUAUUGACAAAAAAGUGUGUUCAGCAGAUCAGUUGCCUCGUGAAGCGGACAAAAAACCUGAUGACUCCCAACAAGAACUGGACGGAUCCCGAAUAAAGGACAUGUCAACAAUUUCAACAGAAGAGGUAAUUGAAACAGAAAAUGGAGACAACCUGAAUAUACUGCAAAACUUCAAUCUAAAUGACAGUGUUAGAGUUAGCCAGAAAAUCAACCGAAGGUUAAUGCAAGCCAAAUUCGACCAGUUCGUAGGAUCCAACUUGUUAAGCAUCGUCGGCUAUGGAAUAACCAAAUCUGAAGAUGCCCUUCGUUUUACAUAGCUCGAAACUAUGUUAAGAGUAUAAAUAAGAACGGAAUUGCCUUUUCAAUUUUCGGUUGCCAUCACUGCUGACAUAAAAAUAACAAGACGAAAUUGAAUUAUA